AUGGCUUCUCUAACUCGUCGAGCGUCCGCUCGCAACAUGAAGCAUGAAGAAGAAUCUACGCCAGCCCUCGACACACCUUACGAAACCCGCACACGGGGUUCGGCAUUUGGAAAAAUCAAGACACUUGCUACCCUGGGUAUUUUCGUGAUAUCUGGCUUCCUUGGGUAUAAUGCUGGAAAUUUGGGCCGAAUUGUGUCGACUAAAUAUUUUGGGGGGUCGCCUGGGACGUCUGGCCCCUUGGCAUAUGCGGUGGCGUAUCUGAAAGGGCCAAAUUCAAACGUAACGGGAGUGAUCCAUUUCUCUCAGCCGUCGCCAACUGGACCCGUAUUUAUCACGGAGAGUUGA